GAAGGGCGCCGGCUUUCUGGUGCGUGGGGAGGUUUUUCCCAUCCAAGACGUUACGUGACCUCCGCUCUAGCUUUCCUUCCCUAUGGUCACGACGCCUCUCCGCCGGCCAUGAAAUCCGCCUUUGUCACCGUGGGCACGACCAGCUUCGACGACCUCAUCGCCGCCGUGACGGCUCCGGAGGCUCUGCAGGCGAGGCUCUUCCACCUUCUUGCCCUCUCUCUUUUCCCGCUUCUCCCGAAUUUGGCCGCCGUCGCUAGGCAACCGCCGGAGGCGAGCGAUGGACGGGCGGAAACGGCGCGUGUAGCCGGCGUGGCGUCACAUCCGGCAUCUUCUAGCAGUUCUGCGAGCCUUGCUUUUUUUCUGAGUCCCUGUCUGGAAUGUUGCUUCCAAUAAGAAAGGGAACCCCAGUAUUGCUCCGCACUUUGCAUGGAAGGAUAUUGGGGGUGGGGGCGAACGUGAUAGGUGAAGAAAGACAAAGGUGCAGGAUGAUUCCUGCCCGUCCUCUAGCUUGGGUUACUCAGAAGUAAAUUCCACAGUGAUCCAUGGAAGAGACUGCACUGUGCAUUCACAUUAUAAGCAGGCAUAGCUUCUUCCCGCAAAACGUCUUGGAAGCAGCACUUUGGUUGAGGGCGCCGAGUGUUAUUGGGAGACACACGUACACACUAUUCCCCUCACAGAGCUAGACUUUCCUGGGUAGGGGUAUUAUUAUUUAGGGGUAAACCGCUCUAAAAAUUGGAGGUCCAUGAGGGGGAACAUGGGAGUGGGGUCUUCUAGCAACUCUGAGCACCCUUAACAGUUCCCAUUGUACUUUUUGGGGGUGGUAGUGCUGGUGGAAUGUACCUCAGUGGUGCAAUCCAUGUCACGUUUAUCACCAGAAAUAAGCACUCUUAUUGUUUUAAUGCAGGGCUGGGGAUCCUGUGACCCUCCAGAUUUCCCUGGGGGCUUCAGCUUCCAUCAUUCUCAGGCAUACGCCAUUCUGGCUGGGGCUGAUGGGCAAGCCUGUGCAGAGCUGGUCUGAGGCUCAGGGCAGGAGUCUUAGAAUAAACUCCAAAAUCCCUGGUGGGCCUCUGUGGGUGACUUAGCCCUCUGAGGCCCAGGGCAAGUGUACCUGGCUGCCUCCUCUCCUUCACGGGCCUGCUGAUGGGAGCUGCAGUCCAACAUCUGGGCAGCCACAGGUCUUCCAUCUCUGUUUUAAUGGGAGUUAACAGAUACAAGUGGAAUAUCAGAAGUGUAUUAGCAGCCUGUCUGUGCUUGUGUGGCCCUUGAUUUAAAUAUGAAUCUGCCUGGUCGAGCAGCAGCCUCCCAUCUAUGCAGGGAUGAAUGCACCAAAGCCUAGUGGAAUAAAUGGGCUUAAGGGAAUUUAAUUCUGCAUAGGAUUAGUAAGAGACCAGUACAAUUUUAUAGCAAAAUCUCCACCAUUAAGAAUGGUGGAUAAGAAUGGGGGUAAGAAUCCCCACUGGAUUAUGGGGAAACACUUUUGCACACAAAUUGUCCCAAAUUGUCCCUGCAGAGCUACCCUGCUUGCAAUACAAAGUCCAAGGCAAGCAGUAACUAAUUCACAGAAAAUGAUAUUGAAUAUGUGGGUUACAGAUACAAGAUUGCAUUACGUACCUAAUUAAGGUUAAUGCAAAUGACAGUUAUCAUACGUGAUGUACACUAAUUUCAUUUUACUGUUUAUACAUAAAGACUGUCUCACCAGGAAGAUACAAGCACACUGAUAAGUUGCCAAAUGCUCCUAUAUAUUUUUGCGUCUGGCUAGGCUUUAUGUACUUGAAGGGGCAAAUUAGCUCACACUCACAGCAUCUGAUGUGCUAUUCUUGCAUUUAACUUAAGUCAGUACCAAGUCUGAUUGUAAUUUCCUUUCCCUCUACAGGUUUUACAGGAUCUUGGCUACAGCAGACUUGUCCUUCAGGUUGGCAGGGGCACAGUUUGCCCUGUUUCAACCAGCACACCUACAUUUACCCUGGAAGUGUUCAGGUUCAAGAACUCACUCUCUGAAGAUGUGCAAACAGCCGAUCUAGUCAUAAGUCAUGCAGGUAAAACUUCUAUUUCAAUGAGAAAAGUCUUGAUUGGCAUCAACAUAUCCCACCACAUAUGGGAUGUUAAACCAACUGUGCUGUAUCCUCUCCACCACAUUAGUGAGGGUUCCAAGGCUGGCAUAGUUUCACAUCCUUUCUGAUGUUGUGUCAGGAUAACACGGGGCUUUUAAUUUGGUGAAUCAAAGGCCUCCCCAGAUCUGGCCCAGUGCCCUUCUGAGGGGCAUUUUGUCUGGAGAGAGGGAGGUCUGCAGCAUCUUACGGGCUCUUAGCCACCCUUCUACCAAACACAGGAUUGCUUUCUUAAUAUGUGUUUUAUGCCCCUCAGUGUAAUGUUAAGUACAUCAAAUUAAUGGGAGUAUGGAUGUUUGACAAGGUUCCUUCAGAGGAACAAAAGCCCUCAAAAGGUAGAUGUUGCUGGAUAUUCAUUUCUAGCCCUGGUGGUCCUUGGCAUGAAUUCUUGUUCACUGCUAAGUGAAAUUGAAUGUUGUUGCUGAAGAUACACCUCUUUGCCCUGGCUUUUGACACUUGAGAUGUAACACAUGUUUCGCUGAUUGUAAGUUGUUGUAAACUGUUUUUAGCAUUGUGCUUUGAUUGUUGUCACCUUCCCUGGGAUCUUAGUGUGAAGGGUGGGUAAUUUAGUUAUUCUUCAUUGCUGUUUUACUAUUACAGGUGCUGGUAGCUGCUUGGAAGUAUUGGAAGCAGGGAAGCCACUACUGGUAGUUGUAAAUGACAAGCUUAUGGACAAUCACCAGUUAGAACUGGCAAGGCAGCUGUGCAGGGAUGGCCACCUCUUUUACUGCACUUGCAGGUAUGGAUCUUCUUUAACACUGUUUUGGUUGCAAGCUUUCCUGCAAACUUACUUACUUUAUUAUUAAAUUUGUAUACCGUACUACAGCCAUAGGUCUCAGGGCAGUUCACAACACAAAGUUACAAAAACUGUUGAAUCAAUUUAGUGCUGCAGAUCUUAAUCACCCUAUUUACUGGCUCUUGAGUUACCUGAUGCAGAGGCUGUUUAAAGCAAUGUGCAUCUCAUUCCCCCUAACUUGCAGGCAUGGCUCUUCUUCAACACCAUUUAGUUGCCCUUCUGCAAACUAUCCAUGUUGACCUUCCUGGAAGUAAGGAAGCAACAAUGCAUGUCUCAAACCAGUGGACUGUGGCAGGAAGAAGAAUGUUCACAAUCAAUGAGUCUUUUCCGGCCAUUAAGAUACAGCACCUUUUGUAUUCUCUGGCUUAAGCCAGAGCCCCAGCUUCAAGGAAUAAACAUUGAUCCUUACAGAGAUCCCUUCUUCGUUAGCUUUGGAAGCAGAGUCCAGGUGGUGUCAUGACUCCAUUGACCUAUACGAGGGGGACUCCAAGGAGGGGAUGUUGUAGGAAGCAUGUUCAUACAGUUCCUGUUGUGCAGGAGCUGGGUACUCACUCUGAGACUUCAAGACCCCUUCUUGGUCAGCCCUCUGAAGGUACAUAAGCCCCCACCUACCUUGCAGAACUUCAGCAGCCCUGGUUCCAGUCAGUGCCUGGCUGGAAGACCGCCUGAGAACCAAUCAAUGUAAGCUGCUUUAGAUUUCAUAAUGGAAGAAAGCUGGGGGUAUAAAUAAGGAAAUCCAUGAAACACUGAAACAGGACUUGGAAGCUGAGACUUCAUGAUGGUCACCUCAGCCUCCUGAGCUUGACUUUCACACUUGGAAGCUGUAUAACAAAGAUACCAGAAGCACCUUUGUGGGGAGGGUGUUCUGCAGCUUAGGGGCUGCCUCAGAGAAUGCCCUCUCCCAGGCCACUACCACCCAAGCUUCUGAAGGCAGAGGAACUACCAAGAUGGCCUCCUCUGCUGAACCUAACACCUGGGUGUGUAUUUAGGGGGAUAUGUGAGAAAGAACAGCAGUUGGAAGACAACCCUUCAAUAAAUAAAACUCCUGCUCAGUUUCCUUGUCCUCUCUCUAGGGAAAAAAAACCCAAAGCAGCCAAACAAGCAAGCAAAACGUUUUUUUCUGCUCUGUGUUCUUCUGAAAUGUUAUAGUAGAUACAGAACUACCACUGAAAAAAGCAGCCUCCACAUUUCAUUCUUCCACCUAGGACUAGCAGUGCACAAUAUAUGAUACAGAAUCAUUGCCACUGUGAGUUUCCCUGACCUCAAGGAGCAGCCAGUGAAGUGGCACUCAGAGGCAGGAAAACCUGCAGCUUAUUGGAGUGGCAUCUCACAUUUUGUGUUACUGGAUGUUACUAGGAAGAAGGGAAGCAGGACUACUAUUUAUUUAUUUAUUUAUUUAAAAUGGUAGCUGCACAUCUGCUGUAAUGUGCAAAUCCAGCUCAUGGAAAGCUUGUGAAAUUGAUCAUGGGAUCCAGCAUGGUGUAGUGGAUCUAGUCUGGGUGUAGGGAUUACCGUAUUUUUCACUCUGUAAGACGCACCAGACCACAAGACGCACCUAGUUUUUGGAGGAGGAAAACAAGAAAGAAAAAAAAUUCCGAAUCUCAGAAGCCAGAACAGCAAGAGGGACCGCUGCGCAGUGAAAGCAGCAAUUCCUCUUGCUGUUCUGGCUUCUGUGAUAGCUGUGCAGCCUGCAUUUGCUCCAUAAGAUGGACACACAUUUCCCCUUACUUUUUAGGAGGGAAAAAGUGAGUCUUAUACGGUAAAUAUUUGCUCAGCCAGGAAGCUCAUCAGGUAAUCUUGGGCAAGUCACUAUAAUGUAAUCUGUUGUAUCUUGUAGGGCUAUUUAUAAGGGUAAAAGAACUGAAUGAACUACCUCUUCCAAAAUCGUAAUUUUUGUGUGUGGGGUGUUUUUUUGGGGUUAUUUUUCUAUAGGACCCUUCUGAAGACACUUCAAACAUCAGACUUUUCAACCCUGAAGCCUUUCCCUCCUGGACAGCCAGAAAAAUUUGCUGCAUUCUUGGACAAAGUAAUUGGCAUUUGAAUAAAUCAGCUGUAAAAGGAAGCUCACACAUUUGAAACUACUCCUGUAUAUAUAAUUUCAACAUACAUGUGUGCUUGCAGUGGCAAAUGAAAUUAAAAUAUGGGCUGCUUUGCAGCAAAAGAAAACCAAUUCACUGACUUGUAACUUUGACAUGGCCUUAGUGGUCCAGGAAGCAAGCAGUAGCAAAAAUCCCCCCUCCUGCCCACCUCUAAACACGCACUUCUUUGCUCAGCCCUAUUUCAAAUAGGGCACAAUGUCAUUCAGGUUUUAGACUUUUGAUUAUGUUUCAGUGUUGAGUUUGCUUGAGGUUACUUUGCCAUAAACCAUUUAGCAGGCAGUAUCCAUUUGGAUAAGAAAAUGCUUGGGGGAAUAGGAUUUGAUAACGGGGGCUAUAACGUACAGGUAACUUGCAACUUAACAUGCCAGGGAUUACAUUCCUGGCUAUCGUGCGCAUAAGCAAAAUCACAUAAAGCCAGAACACCUCUUAAAAACCAUUAAAAAAAUUACUCGUCUCCAUGGCCUCCUCCGCACCCUCUCCAUCUGCCUCUUCACCCAAACACACUCAGUGAAGGCUGCUGGCUUUCAUUUUUUCACUCUGUGUGCCAUUUCUG